UACAGGAUUCCCCAGGGUUAGGUGGGUGCAUUCAUACACAGGGAGGACCUACAGGAUCCCCCAGGGGUAGGGAAGGUGCAUUGAUACAGCGGGAGGACCUACAGGAUUCCCCAGGCCAAGUCCCGGGACGAGACUUUUCGGAGGGGGGAUAGUGUAACAGCUAAGGAAGAUAAAGGGGAAAUACUGCCUUAUUGGCAAGCUAGCUUUUCCAGUGAUGUGGUAUAACCCUGGGACCCGCUCACUAGUUCAGCAACUUUGAGCGUGAUCAGUAGCCGGAUGGUCGACUGCCCGCACGUUACAUAAUACUGCAUUGAUAAUAGGUUAUUGAAAAUGAAGGAAUGGUAUUGAGGAUACAGGCAAAUUCUGUCUACAGAGAUACACAUCCAUGAAUAUUAAGUGUUUUGAUAUAUCAGAGAUGUCGUUUGAAAAUCCCAGCAAGAAUGAGUCCUCGGGGGAUGUACACAAGUUCCCCCUUCGACGUUUACAACCCGCCAUACAAAAGUUCCUCAAAGUGGUGGAGAUUGACCUGGAUAGACUACACAAACAUAGACUCAACAUAGGGAAGUAUAACAGACUUGAGGACUGGACAAACUUGGACCGAGAACAGGUGAACGCUUCCCGGACCGUCCAGCAGAUCAUGGCAAACAUUCGUGAGAUGGAGAAGAUGAGGGAACAGGUCAAGGAUGAUGAAGUCGAGGCGUUUGACGGAAAAACAUCAGAAAUGAGACAAACAGCCAUUGGUGCUAUUAUGGAGUUUUUAGACCUUGGCCAAGGAAAAGUUGCUCAUCAAAAUAAAGAAGAAGAGACAGGAUUCUCCGACUCUGGGGAAGCCCAGUUCCUCCUAAGUUCACCGAGUUCGUCGGCCCCGGUGACGCCUCAGCGAGAAUUCACCCUGGUAGCACAGAGUCUCCCUCCUGACCUCGGGAAGUCACAGGCCCAGCUGAACUCACUCCCGAAGGACUCGGCCGCUCAGGAGUCAUGGGACAACCUUCACGAGAAUCUGGUCGACCUAAAUUCCAUGAUUCAUGAAUUUGCAACUGCAGUCCAGACUCAACAGGAGAACCUGGAUGAUAUACAGGACAAUAUAGAAAAAGCCCAGGACAAUGUAAGGCAGGGGACGCAAACACUAGGAAAGGCCAGUAAGCUUAAGAGCGCUAUACUUCCUAUAGCCGGAGCUGUGAUAGGUGGGAUUGUGGCAGGACCUGUUGGACUGUUCGCAGGACUCAAAAUUGGUGGAUUUGCCGGAGUGGUCGGGGGAGCUGUAGGUUUCACUGGAGGUAAACUAAUUGAGAAAAGACAAAAGAAAGUUGUGGAUACGGAACUUCAGAAUCUCAGUGGAAAAAGGUCAAAUUCCAUGCCAGACCUGUCCCACACAGAAAACAAGCCCAGUGACAGUUGGUUUCCAUGGAAAUGAUAGAAAACAAGCCCAGUGACAGUUGGUUUCCAUGGAAAUGAU